AUGAAGCUUGGCAAAGGCAAAUCGUCAAGGGGAAUUGUCGGCGAUCUGUUGGUGAUUUCUUUUUUUAAGAACAUCGAAUGGGGAAACUUUUUACUGCCUUACAGCCCAGCGCAUCGCGGCAGCUUGUUCUUUUGCUGCUAUGCAAAAGAGAUACAGGCAUCAAAGUCGACAUCGAGGGACCUGAGGCAUCCGCCAUUGGCUAAAUUCAACUACAAAGCACCGUCAAAAGAUACGUUAUCGCCCAGUUUCUGCGCAUCGAUUUGUCGGAGUGAACUGUACCUUGUCCGUCACUCUGGCAUAUCAACCUAUCGGAAAGCAGAAGACAGGAUAGAGCACCCCAAGCACGGUGAAGCAGUCUCUUUCGUGUUCGCAUUACUUGAACCAGCACCAGUUGUCCAUAAUAAUGUGUCAACCGUCAAGCCGCCCAGUUACACCAGCGGCCUUCCGCUUUCGUCAACACAGACUGUUGAUCCAGCAACCAUGACGUGA